AUGGGUGUCCCCGUCGUUUUGGCAACGGUUGCUGCGUGCGGUAGUAUCGUGACGUCGAUCAAGUCGAGCUGGGAGCUCCGGCGCAUGGUCAAGAGAAAGAAGGAGCAGCAUGAAGCUGAUGAUGAGGCGCCCUAUGUCUUUCGCAAGUUGCGCCAGGCGUACUAUGAUGGGCUUAUGACGGUGCCCGAGUACGAGCAAUGGUACGAGAAGUUCCUCGUGGCCAAGGUCGAAAAGGACUUGGCCGGCCUUCGCCGUAUCCGCGCGCAUCUCCGCAUCAUUGAGAACGGAGCGCCCAUCACAGGCAAUCGUCGAUCGCGGUCGGUCGAACCAAGCAGGCGUCGGCAGUCUGUGACAUUUGCGCCGACUCCCCAGCAUCCGGCCUAUGUCGACUAUCGACAGCCCAACCGUGGAAACAUUGAGUACUAUGCGGACCCACGCGCCAGGGUUGGUGCGCACCCUGAUGAGUUUGUUCGACUGGAGCGGCAGUCGACGUACAGUCGUGCUUCGUCGUCGGACGCGCAGUCGCGUGUCAGUCGGAGCUCAUCGGCGCGGCAUGAGUCUAGGGGUCGCUCGAGGAGGAGGUAUGAUAGCAGUGAUUCGGAUAGUGACGACUACUACUAUGAGAAGAGGAGCUAUCGCGGUAGGAGCUCAAAUCGGUAG